UUAUUGAAUCUUGCGUUUGUUUUCUAGGGUUACCGUUGGGACUUGCCACUUUGCUCGGUAGGGCCCUUCCUCGUCCAUGCUUCUCCGAUGAAGCCUGAUCAAUCUUCCUCCGCUUCCUGCGAGGGUUGCGGCACCACCAGGGAUCUUUGUCUGCUUCUCUACAACGUUCGCUACCGAGCCAGCCAACGUCGUUUUUGUACCAAUUGUGUCCUCAAGAAGCAUGAGGGUCUCUUCUGCCCAAUCUGCUUUGACGUCUACGACGACUCUCCGCCGCCCCACCUCCGUCUUAUGUGCCACAAAUGCCCAUCCUUCGCUCACCGUUCUUGCGUCGUCUCUUCGUCCGGUUCUGAUUCUACUCCUCCUUUUUACCUGUGCCCACCUUGCGCUGACCCCAAAUUUACAUACUUUAAGUUGACCAGCGAAAACCCCACUGUCAACAAGGCUAACGGGAAGGGAGAUAAAGUUGACCUAGUUGCUGCUUGUGCUCAAAACGCUAAGGGUCUCAGAGCUAUCGAUUUGCAGUCGGCCAAAGUACUGGUUGCCGCAGCUCGGAUUGCAGCGUCUUCGAUGACCAAGGCGGCGGCGGCUGCCAGGAUUGACGCAGAACGGCGGUGCAAAGAAGCUGCCUUGGCCAGGAAGAAAGCCAGAGAGGCACUGGAACGGGUCGCCUAUCUGGCGGCCAAGGAGAAAGAUGCCAAAGGGUUUUCGACGUAGUGUGCCUCUGGCCCAAACGUUGGUCUCCAUGUGACAUAGUGUACAUCCAUGCCUUAGUGCAUAUUGUAACAAAGUUAGAUUGUUGUUGGGCUGGUGUUGAUUUGUGUCUGUUUUUUAAUAGAACCACAUUGCUGGAUCAGGUUGACUUUGUGAUUCAAAUAUUGAAAAUUUCAAUGAGAUCAAUUCGUUCUUCCUUCCUUAA